GGUGGGCGGGGCUGUGGCGCGAGCGGCGCUGUCAACCUGCCGGGCGGCGUUUCGGAGAAUGACUGAAGAUUUAACAGACGAUGGACCAUAUGUACCCUGAUGGCAUAUUGUGUAUGGAGACAUGUUGCUUGCUAUGGCAUCUGAAACUGAAAAGGCUCAUGCUCUUCUCCAGUCAUUCAGUACAGCUUCAGUUAUUUCAAGCCUAGGAUUGGGAAUUUUCUGCUUUGCAGCAGAUAAAUUUCUUCAGUUUUCUUUUAUUCAGCAAAAUGAUUGGUUGCGGGCACUGUCUGAUAACACCGUACAUGGUAUUGUGGGUUUGUGGUCUUGGGCAAUUGUGAUUGGACUCAAGAAGAAAAGCAACUUUUCAGAAGUAAUUUUUGCUGGUUUCCUCUCAUCUGUGAUUGACAUGGAUCACUUUAUCCUAGCUGGCUCAUUUUCAUUAAAGGCUGCUUUGACACUUCCACAAAGACCAUUUCUUCACUGUUCUACUGUGAUUCCUGUUGUCUGUCUGAUGCUAAAGUUUAUUAUGCAUCUUUUCAAGCUGAAGGAUUCCUGGUGUUUUCUACCCUGGAUGCUGUUUAUAUCUUGGGCUUCACAUCACGUUCGAGAUGGAACUCGUCACGGCUUGUGGAUCUGUCCGUUUGGAAAGACUGCUCCCUUACCUUACUGGCUUUAUGUGGCAAUCACGGCAUCUUUACCUAAUUUCUGUUCCUUUAUUAUGUAUUUAACAGGAACAAGGGAACUGAUGUCCAUAAAACAUGGGAUUCAUAUUGAUGUAUAAGGAUAUUAUAGAUGGUUGUGUUUGCAUUGCUCAAAUAAUUCCCUCAAGUUUUCUGAGAUCUAACCUGUAACCACAUUGCUUAUUAUAGCUGCAAUUCCCUGAAGCCACUGCUGCUGCACAGGAUAAUGUUAUUGGUCAGUGUUCCACUUAGCAUAUUCAUUACCAUUUUCUGUAGACCUUUUCUUUUGUUGAUUCCCAAAAAGAUUAUUUUGUGAGAAAACAGUAACAACUGCUGUUCCUAUCUACAUUCCUCUCUCUGCACUCAGUAGUGGCUGAAUCAGCCCACAGCUUCUGUCACAAAUACCAGGUAAAUACUUUCCUUGGUUCCCAAACUCUAGCUGUGGUGGUUAUAGAACUGGGUUGGAGUGUGGGCAGCUGCCUGGGAAGAAAAGGAAGUGGCCAUCUUCCAACCCCAAGAGAAAUGUAUCUCGUUAAGACAAAUACAAAGAGCAGAACAUAUGGAAAGCAUAAUAGACCACUGUUAACAAUGCUAGAUAUGUGUUAGUGGUUUCUAGAAUUUUUCCUGCUCUGCAGUAUUAGAGUUGCCAAGUUCCAGGCAGGGCCUAGAGUUUUCCCAGAAUUACAAAUUAUCUCUAGACUGCUGAGAUCAGUUCCCCUGGAAGAAAUCGCAAUUUCAGACCUCCAGAAAUUUCCCAGGCCUGAGUUGGCAACCACAUGCAGUAUAGAUUUAACUCUAUCUUCUAAAGUCAGUAGUCAUAUUGAAGAUGUGAAGCAUGCCAUUUACGUUCCAAGGACUAAUAUAAAUUCAGCACCGUGUAUUGUUGAGAAAUACCCAACCACAGUGUUCUGGCCAUUUUAGAUUGUGAUGAUCAGGCACUGGUGGCUCCAGAAUGACUCCCUGAAGAGUGCCAAAUGGCCCCUUAUGAGACAGGCUGAACUUUUUGUUUGUCUGAUACAGAGGUCUUAGCAGCUUUAGUAUUUAAAACUUUUGAAAAGAUUGAUUUUAAAAUUAAGGGAUUUAAUCUCACAUACAGUGAAAUGGAUGGGAGGAAAGAAUCUACUGUAUUAGAAUCUUAUUUGUGGUUUUCUUUAAAAAGUUUCAUUAGAAUGGUAACUAAAUUAAAAUGUUGGAAAAAUAA